AUGGAAUUGGGCCUGGAAGCUGCGCGCAUUACGGUAUUGCCCGGCGAGGCAUUCUACAUAUCUGAUUUCAUCACGGAGGCUGAGGAGGACUGGUUGCUUCGAAAGGUGACAUCAGCGCCCCUGCCACGCUGGACCCAACUCUCGCAUCGCAGGCUCCAGACAUGGCCAUCGGCCCUUACCCAGAGCAACACGCUCCUCGCAUCUCCACUCCCGGAUUGGCUUCAAUCCCCGAUCAUCGAGCGCUUCUCGGAACUGGGUAUCUUCGACGAUGCACCACACCAGGCGCCCAACCAUGUGCUGGUAAACGAGUAUCAACCCGGACAGGGAAUCAUGCCGCAUGAAGACGGAGCAGCAUACUAUCCUCUUGUCGCGACAGUGAGCUUAAGGGCGCCAAUUGUGUUUGACGUUUAUGACAAACACGUCCAAGGCGACAAAGAUGAAAGUGGACAAGAUGUUGCUGGAAAGCCCGACGCAGACCGAAAACCGCAUUACCGUAUCCUGCAGGAGAGACGAAGUCUGCUGAUCACGAGAGGCAAGAUGUACACGGAUGUCCUGCAUGGCAUCGCGGAAACGACGAGAGAUGAAGACCUGGGUCCUCACUCUAUCUGUAACUGGGAGCUCUUGCGGGACAAAGAAACAUACCGACAGGGUUGGUAUGAGCGGGAGACAAGGACUAGUCUUACGUACAGGGAUGUCCUUCAUGUGGCGAAGAUGGGCAAUACCUUGAAGUUUUUGGGCGGGAAAUAG